AUGUCGUCUGGUUUGCGUUACUUGAGCUUUGGUUUAUGUGUUGUGUUGUUGUUGUUGCAGAAUGGUGCUGCUUCAUUUGACUAUGGAGAUGCAUUAACCAAAUCUUUGCUGUAUUUUGAGGCACAAAGAUCCGGCAAAUUACCUCCACAUCAACGAGUGCAAUGGCGUGGCGAUUCAGCUCUUCGUGAUGGCAAUAAUGCUGGGAUUAAUUUGGUGGGAGGAUACUAUGACGCCGGUGACAACGUUAAAUUUGGGCUUCCGAUGGCGUUCACAGUGACGAUGCUGGCAUGGAGUGUGGUGCAAUUUGGGCCUCAGCUGGAGGCCCGCAAGGAGCUGUGGAAUGCUUUGAAUGCUAUAAAAUGGGGAACGGAUUAUAUGAUUAAAGCCCAUCCGGAGCCCAAUGUGCUCUACGGCCAAGUCGGAGAAGGCGGCUCCAACCAUGCUUGCUGGCAAAGGCCCGAAGACAUGACCACACCCCGCCCCGCUUACAAGAUCGACGCCCAACAUCCCGGCUCUGAUCUCGCUGCUGAAACCGCAGCCGCUUUGGCUGCAGCCUCCAUUGCUUUCAACGCACAUGGACUCCGUACUUAUUCCUCCACGCUUCUUAACCAUGCAAAACAGUUGUUUGAGUUUGCCACAAAGUACAUCGGUCAAUACCAAAAUAGCAUUCCAACGGCUGGACAAUUCUAUUCAAGCAGUGGAUAUGAGGAUGAAUUGGUGUGGGCUGCAGCCUGGUUAGGCAGGGCCACCAACGACAACAACUACCAUAAUUUCAUUACCAAAUCCUCAAAUUCAGGAGGCGCACGAACCAUGUUUUCGUGGGACGACAAAUAUGCAGGUGCCCAACUCCUUGUGGCAAUGAGCACUCUGGAGAAAAAGAUGUGGGCAAAUGGUGGAGAGGUAUACGAGAUGAAGAACAACGGUGAGCAAUUCCUUUGCAAUUGCAUCCAAAAAGGAAGCUUCAACGUCCCAAGAACGUACGCCGGUCUCUUAUGGUUUCAAGAAUGGAACAAUCUUCACUAUGUUGCUACCGCAUCAUUCCUGGCCGCUGCGUACGCAGAGACCCUGGCCAAUACUAGAAGCACCAUCCAAUGCCCUCAUGGGCCGGUCUCGUCUUACGACUUGGUCACAUUUGCUAGGUCACAAGUGGAUUACAUUCUAGGGUUAAACCCUAAGGGGAUGAGUUACAUGGUUGGAUUUGGAACAAACUAUCCCAAAAGAGUGCACCAUAGAGGAGCGUCUAUAGUGUCAAUCAAGAAAGAUCCGCGCCCGGUGAGCUGCCAAGGAGGUUUUGAAGAGUGGUUCCACAAGAAUGCAGAUAACCCUAAUGUUGUCUAUGGGGCCGUUGUAGGGGGGCCCAAUCGAAACGACGAAUAUAAUGAUAAAAGAGAGAAUUACCAACAAGCGGAGCCUGCCACUGCAAAUGUUGCACCGCUCGUUGGGGUUUUAGCAAGCCUUGCUCUUCGAUUUUAG